AUGUCCACGGUGGUAUCGGAUUACUUUGACCGCCCCUGCAAGAAGAUCACCAAAGUAUUCCAUUCUUCCCAGUUCAUGAAAGUGGGGGACGACACCGCGUCCUAUGACAGGAUCAAGACCCGGCUCAGACACAAGGCAAGCCUGCAGGAGAGGCACAUGCCAGACAAAAUCAAUAUCCAGAAAGACUGGAUCAGACGACACAAGGAGAACGAGGAGUUGGAGUUUGCUCUCCUGCAGCGGAUCACCUGUCUGGAGAGAGUCAAAAGACAGAAGGAGGAAGAGCAGCCGGCAUCCUCUUUGAUACAUACCCCGGGCCCUUCCAAUCCUAAGCGGCAAGUCACGCUGGCGGAGGAACACUACUUCCGCUGCCAGAGGGCAUCCAGAGCGUUGGACUACGACAAACCAUCAGGCUCUCUGACCGACGAGUUUGACUUUCUUCGGCACCAUCGAAACAGCGACGGACAGACGCUGGCAUGGGAAGAGGACAGGAUCGCCUGUGCCUUACUCGGCGGCUGCUGUGGUCGGAGGUGCCGGUGCUGCGAGAGGCCUUUGCGGUGCUAUAUCAUGCCCGACUCCGGCGAGGGAAAGGAGAUGGUCGGGUUCCACGGCCACUGUACCGCUGAAUGUGGUUGCUGCAUGCGCCAUCGGGGAUUCUACCGACCAGACUCGCGGCUGAAAGCUCUCGAUCCCGAACUGGCGACGAAGAUAGCCGUCUUCAACAAGAGUCACUAUGUUGAAGAGGACAGUGCCGAGGAAGCAGGGGAUCCAGUGGCCGAUGCUUUGGCAGUGGUCGAUGCUUUGAAGCGUCAAGCCUGA